AUGCCUUAUGACCCCAAGGUGCACACUGGACAAACCACUCUGUGUGGGCAGGAGAGUGGGCACCUGGGCCCAGGUGUGCAUGUCCCGGACGACAGCUCCACCUACUCUGAACCCAUUCAGACACCCAGUGGCCACCCCAGGAAACACCUGAAGAAAAUCAUGAAGAAAACACAAAGCUUUGAGAUUCCAUUAGUCUGUGGCCCCAGGAAUGUGCACCGGCCAGGCCACAUGGGGUUCUUCAUCAGAAGACUGGAGACCACCACUGCCACAGCCCCAGAGAAGGGACCCCUGAGCCAGGGUGCUGAGAGCUCCCCUCCGAACCGAAUUCUGUCCUCUCCUGCCAGGACCCGGCCCUGUGAGGGUGACGGGAGGAAGAGAGAGAGCAGGAAGAGAAUACAACACAUAAUGUGUGAGAUGAUUUCCACAGAGGGGGAGUAUGUCACGUCCUUAGGAUAUGUCAUCGACAACUAUUUUCCAGAAAUGGAAAGAGCAGACCUGCCCCGGGACCUCCGUGGGAAGCGCCAUGUCAUCUUUGGGAACGGGGCAGAGCUCCAUGACUUCAAGGGCCAGCACUUCCUCAGGGAGCUGGAGUGCUGUGGGCUCUGUCCACUGGCCAUGGGCCAGGGCUUCCUCAGACAUAAGGAACAGCUUGGCUUGUACGUGCUCUACAGCAAGAACAAGCCCUAGGCAGAUGCCCUGCUCCACGGCCAUGGCAACACCUUCUUCAAGGACAAGCAGCGGGAGCUGGGUGACAAGAUGGACCUGGACUCCUACCUGCUGAAGCCCGUGCAGUGCAUGGGUAAGUAUGCACUCCUGCUCUAGGACCCAGUCAAGGAGGCUGGCCUCUGCCCGGCCCAACAGCAGGAGCUGGGGAAACUUGGAGCCACUGAGGACGUGGUCCACUUCCAGCUGCGCCACGGCAACGAUCUGUUCACCGUGGAUGCCAUCUGCGACUGCGACAUAAGUGUGAAUUUGAAGGAAUAGGGGCCACUGAGAUGCCAGGAUGCAUUCAUCAUUUGCUGUGGAAGGAGAAAGUUUUUGAGGCAAGUGUUCCUCUUUGAAGACCCCAUCCUGUUCGGCAAGACCAUAAAGGUGGGUGGGGACUACAACACCUAUACAUACAAGCAGUCCUUCAAGACAGCAGAGAUCAGGAUGACGGAGAAUGUGGGCGACAGCGGUUUGAGGUUCAAGAUCCGGUUCUGCAGGUGGAAAUUCCAGGACACGUACAUUCUCCAGGCCAGCUCUGUGGAGGCCAAGACCACCUGGACCAAUGUGAUCAGGAAGAUCCUGUGGUGGCAGGCGCUGAGGAACAGAGAACUCAGAAUGCAGGAGUUGGUGUGUAUGGGGAUCGGCAACAAGCUGUUCAUGGACAUCAAGCCCAACGAUGCGGCCAGAAGUGGCCAGGCUGCGGACCUCAUCAUGAAGCUUCAAAGGGGCGCUUUGCGGAGACAGUCGCUCUGCGGGCAUACUCAGCUCCCGCGGGGCUUGCUGCCACCGUCUGUUUCGGAUGAGGCCGCCACUGGGGCUCUGAGUUCAGGGGACGGGGUGCUGCUGGCGGGGAACAGUUGGGUGGUCUCUGGAGUGACCCCUGUUCAGGCGAGGCUGCAGGACAGGCCCUGUCGUCGUCUGGGCUCUGGUCAGGUCCUGUGGGUGGCCGGGACUGGGGGCUUCGCCGGGCGAGCAGGGCUCCGAGUCAGCUUCCUGCCAGAGCGAGGCUGCAGAUGGGGCCUCGUGACCAGCACGGCUUGCGGUGUAGGGACCCGAGGCAGGUAG